GGUAGUACGUACGAUGGAAAAGUUAUAUUUGGUAUUUUAUUUUUUGUUGUGGAUAUCCAUCGCAUUUUGUAUUUCAGAUUUGGAUGAUAUACAAAAUGCAUGUAAAGCAAGAUGCCAGUCGAACUUGAUCCAGUCAGUUGGGGAGAGCUUGUUCUGUGAUGAAGAUUGCUGGGUGCUUCAGUGUCAAAAUGGAUGUACAAAGGUUUCACCAGCAUUGUCCUCAAAUUGUCAACGUGCCUGCACUUCCAGCACAACACAGAAAACAAAGGAAGCAGAAGAACGGAUGCAGAAACAAAACUGCAUUCAGGGAUGCAACUUAGCAUUGGAUAUAUAUGCUAAUAAAAUCAAAGGUCAACUUGAACCUUUGCUGAAGCCCGAUUUAAUUCGUGAAACCAAAAACUAUUCUUCAAUAGUACUCCAAUGGAAUGGGAAGAUCUUGCCAGAUAUUACAUACAUGAUUCAAAUUCGAAUGCUGGAUAUUCAUCAGAUCAGCUCUGAUUGGCAGAUACACAAUGAUUCCCAGUUCUUAGCCAAUGGAGCUAUAGCGAUAUUCAACCUGCACCCUUAUGUUACAUACAGGUUCAAAGUGCUUGCAGUAAUAACACCACUGCCCCAACAUGUUGCAGAGUCACCGGAGACAGUGCCAAUCACCACAUUGCCUCAUGGAGUUCCUGCCAGUGCACCGAAAAUCACCAGUAUAUCAGCACCAUCACCAUCAGUGAUUUCAAUAUCCUGGACCCCACCACAGUUCAGCAAUGGACCACUUGUUGGAUACCGGAUAAACGUGAAUCCACAGAACCAUCCAACGCUGAAGCCAUCAACAAAGGACCUGCUUGGUGGCGCCACGUCGUGGACGGUGGGACAGCUGCAGCCGUCACAGCACUACGUGAUCACGGUUUCUGCUUGGAAUGCUGCAGGAGAGGGGCCUGCCGAUUCCAGUACCAUCACUACCCCUAACCCUGGUAACUGUAAGUUUGUGUGGCUUUGCAUGUCAACUGUGCCCUCUUAGCUGUUGGUUGAAGAAAAGGGUGUACAAGACAGCCAAUCUGCAACAAGCCAUCAGACUGGGUAUCUAUAUUGGCAAGUUGCAUUAAAUUUCUGUGAGCUGGGUGCCAGUUGAAAAGCAUGAAAACAAAUUUUGCAUCCAAGCAUCUGAUUGGGCAUUGGUUCACUGCAUCAAGGUUUCGUAUUGGGCAGAUCAAUGUAUUUAGCAUUAUUUGAUUGGCUGUAAUGGGAUAUUAGUUAAAGCAUUCUAUAGAAUUCUCCAAAUUUCCUCUGCAUAUUCACCCUGGGUCUUGUAAUUGGAUGCAUAACUUGGAUUUGGCAUUGGGAUGGAGUAAAGUUAGCAUGUUUGGGAUAUUUUAAUAAUUAUGUCAUUGUUUCAGGUUGACUUAAGGGUUAUUUUUCAUGUGUUGUUCUCGCAUGGUUGGUGCAUUUUGCUGUCAUUGGUGUUUACAGUAAGCAUGUCAGAAGAAAUGUGUAGGUUACAACACUUAAUAUGUCAUUAUGAUCUGUACACUGUCCAGCAGAAAAAAUAUGAAAACAAUUGUACGUUACGUUAUGUUUACUCUUUUCUUUACUCUGUAAUUCAUACAUACUGACUUAACAGGAAUAUUUGAUAAUUUUGCUUGAUAUCCCUCUUAACUGUAGAUCAUCCUAUUGGAAAGACCUAGGCUUCUAAUGGUGAAAGGGUGUACUAUAGACCCAGUGGUUUUUUAUUUUAAAAGGGCGAGACGUAGCUCAGUGGUAAAGUGCUCGCUUAAUGCGCGAUCGGUUUGGGAUCAA